GCAAGAAGAAGCAAGCGCUUUCGCGCACACGAGGGAGGUCGAGGGUUCCUCUCUACUGUCUUCACCGGAAUACAACGUACGGUCAUUAUAGCUGUAUUUGGGGCAACUUUGAGUCUAGAUACAGCAGUAAUCGCCGUGCGUUGUAUGCGGGGGAAGACGGGUGUGCGCUUGACCCCAUAGCCGUUGUCCGAUGACGAUCCGAAGAGUCGACCGCUCUCCCCUGCGCGCCGCCACAUCGCAUGUCUCUUACCACGAUAGAUUGUCGAGAGCAAGCAAUGGAGGGAAGCGACGAUCCGUGUUCACUAGCAGUAGAAAUAUUGAUUGGUCUAGGGUGACAAGACCUGCCAGUGCAUCGAGUGCGGGUACUCAAAGGGUCAGUAACGAUGAGCUCCUCAAAGAAGAGAGCAUCGUACCGCAAGAUGGACCUAACCCUAAUCAACGACAAGAAGGAGGAGGAGGGGGAGGAGGGGGAGGAGGAGAGGAGAAGAGGUGGCAAUCUGCCAGAGCUCCGAGAGUGGGCCACGUGAAAGAGGAGAAGGAGGCGGUGUUGUCAUCAAGCUUAGGUGAGAUGGCAGAUGAUCGCAGGCAGGGGGCACAGAUAACGACCAAAGGGGAGCCCGCGCGUAAACAACAUCCAGGAGGGGGGGGGCGGUAUAAAGGGCAGCUGGGAGCCUAUCAAAUGGGGGGGGGGUUAAAUGGGGGGGCGAGGAAUGCUGGGGCGGGUGUCAGAAGGAGGGAAGAUAGGGAGGGAGUGCUGGAGGCAUGGAUUUGGCAGAGAGAGAUGGAGAGGAUGAACACCGAUCCCGAUCCCGACAUGGCAAUUCUGAAAGUAGAUAGGCCCGGUGACGGGGGUGCGCGUUGCGCUUCCCGGACGCCACGUCACAUGGUAAUCAGCAGGCAAUCAAUAUUCAAUGAUCGAGAGCUGUGGAUGUCAAUGGGAGCGAAGAUGGCAGAGUCGCCCAAGAAAUCGAGAGAAGCGACGGCACGGAGUAGACAAGGGGGAUCAGGGAGAAGUAGAGAAGAAGGAUCAGGGAGAAGCACACCUGCAACUGAGAGAGGAGAUUCGUCACCAGCAGCAGCAGGACGAGGAGGAAAAAGAAGAGAACUGGUCAGGAACCGUCCAGGGUCAGGGAGAAGCACACCUGCAAGUGAGCGAGGAAAGUCGUCACCAGCAGGGGGAGGAGGAGAAGGAGGAGGAAGAGAAAUGGGAAGAAGCCGUCUAAGAAAGCCGGCAAUUGGAGGAGGAGAGGGAGAAGCAUAUGAGAAGAGAAAUGGCGAGGGCAAUGGUGAAAAAAGAAGCCAAGGGGAGAAGGGAGGGGGUGGAAAUUUGGGGGUGUCGAGGCCAAUGACCGCUCCAGUCUCGCUUGGCAAAUCUCAACCGUCAGUUUGGGGUAGUUUUGAAAGUCUCGUUGAGUCCAAGGUGACGAUGACAGUGGAAAGGAGAGGAGGAGGAGGAGGAGGAGGAGGAGGAGGAGGAGGAGGAGAGUGGGGGGAGGGGGAAGAAAGGAAAUCUCGUCGUCGUGAUCAUCGUACUGAUGAUGAUGAUGAGCGACGUUAUGGAAGCUCCAGUGAUAGAGGACCCCUCGUCGUCGGCGAAGGUCAUCGUCGUGAUGGCUUGGAGAGGAGCCCCAUCCACCAAGAAGAAGAGGUGAUAGAAGAGUCGAUCGUAGAAAUCGUGACUGAGACGAUUGGUAGCAGCAGUAAAGUGAGAAAUAGAGAUGUCUUGUUAUCCCCUGCAGACCAUUCAUUGUCGCCUCAUCAUUCAGCAAAUCCGACAAGGAUAAACGAAUGGAUAGACGUCGAUUAUGGCGAAGAGAACGGUUCUGAUCAUCGUCGUCGUCAUCAUCAAGAACAGGUGGUUUCUGGCGGUGAUGAUGACCCCCGGAUUCCUAAUGAGCCUCCUGUUGGUAGGAGGUGGGUGCAGGGGAAGGAGAAGGAGGGGGGGAGGGAGGAGGAGGAGGAGGAGGGGGUAGAACAGAGAGAUUUAGCCGCCUCCCCCUCACGCCCAUCUUUCUCCGCCUUCGUCCCCCUCGCGAUCAGGGAGGCAGAGAAUCAACCCCCAGCCCCUCGGGGUGGUGCUAUUCAGGAGGAGGAGAUCAGACGGUCGGGAUCGGAACACAGAUCUACGUCUGACGGCGACCGGAUCGCGGCCGCUGCUAAUAAUGCGCCCCGCGCAAGGAGCUGGUUUGAAGAGUACGAGUCGAUUAGAACGGAGGAGGAGGAAGAAGAGAGAGUCAUCUCUGCUGCCUCUGCUGGCUCCGCGUCUAUCGCGGGGGGGGCGGCGGGAAAGAGCGGCGCAGCAGCGCGCCAAACCCCCCCGCCCCCGCGGGGUGGUAUUGAGGUAAUCGGACUCUCUUCAUCUGCACAAAGACCGAGGCUUUACGACGAGCAAGGCAAUCCCCGAGAAGAGGGAAAAGAAGGCGUAGCAGGUGGACGAGAGAGAGGAGAGUGUAUGUGCUCCGCGAGGGGUGGUCAUGGCUAUGCCUAUGUUGACGAGGAGGCAAUGAGGUCGGGGAGCCAUUAUGGCGCGCGGAUUGCCAUGCAAGAAGAGAGCGUUCAGGCUGCAUCGACGAGGUGGACUAGAUUCUUCUUCCCUGCGGACGACCAAGGUAGCACUCCGUCUCUUCGACUGCAGUACUACGACGUGUACAUCGACGAGGAGGAGUACGACGAGAAUGGAUAUCGGGAUCGGGAUCGUCUGGACGGCAGCGGCGGCGAGGGCGGGCCGAACAUGGAGAAGAAAGUCAGGUCGAGGAAAUCGAAAUUAGGAGGGGGAGGAGGAGGAGGAGAAGAGGGUGUUGGGGAGGAGGGGGCAGCAUCAGGUCAUGGGGUAGAAGGGCGGUGGGGGCAUUUAAUACCACCGGAAGAAGCGGUGAUGAAAGAGAUGGAAAGGCUGAAGCAGCAAAACCUAAGAUUAGGUUAUGUUCGAGGUCCUGGCAGACCUCCAAUCUUCAAGACGACACCCUCGUUGAUUGCUGGGGACAAGAACGCAACAGCAGGAGGAGGAAAAGGAGGAGGCGGAGAAGAUCCAAAAAUGCAGGAGGAGAAGGACGAGAAGAUGAACCCUGGGGCUUUCGCCGCUUCUGAAGCUCGGCUGGUGAUUGUCCCUCAGCCGUUGCCGAAGCAAGAUAUCAUGACCUUCAGCCACUGGGUGUCGAGACUCAGGCCGGUAUUGGCCGCCGGCUUGACGGUGGAGAACGUCCUCCCUCUCCUGACUCUCUCUCAAGGUCUUCUGCGCGACUUGGUGAAGCAGCGGAUGGAGUUUUAUCUUCGUCAGGUCGAAGACGAGAGGAAGUACUUCAAACACCGAGAAUUCGCUCUUAAGGUGGAGCUGGAGAAGGAGAGGACCAGGUACCGAGAAGAGUUGUCGACCCAGCUCAAGGAGAUUGAGGAGGGUGGCGAUAUUCCUGGUCGCUCGGCCCCCGAGGAGUCUAGAGAAGGCAGGUCCAGGAAGCUGGGCUUGCUACUCGAAAGAAUGAAGAAUGCUGUGAUUGUCCUCCGCUUGCAGGAGGAGAACGCAGCUUUGAUGAUAGCGAGGGACGAAGCACUAGACGAAGCUGUGAAGAUGAGGGAGCUGAGGGACGAGGCGACCCGGAAUGCAGCGUCGAUGUUGGGAAUGGAGAAAUCGCUGCGCGUGAGGGAGAAUGCAACGUGGCGCGCGCAGAUGACGAGGGUGCAGAAGAGAUCGGUGGAGAUGGAGAAGGAGUAUGAAGACCUGCGCAGGAAACUCAAGGAGAUGGAGGCCGAGCUGGCAGCGAUGAGGAAGAGAGAGAGAAUGAGGGAGCAAGAUUACAUUCAAUGGGAGAAAGCCACCUCCAUUCCGGAGAUGUCGCACAUAUCGAGCGAGAUUCGAGGUAUCACAGAAGGGCUGGGCGAAGCAGCCACGGAAGGCGAAGAGCAGGACAAUCUCGUCGCGGCGGCGCAGAAGGUGUGCUACACGCUGAACGCGAACCUCCACGUGGCGGCGUACGUGGCGUGUUUGGUCACUGCCCCCGAUGGCCCCACAAGCAUAGGCGAGCGGUCUUUCUCCUCCUUUGGCGCGUUGGGCGGCAGCGUGUCCAGCAGUGUCGGGGUAGGAGGCGGCGAGGACGGCUCGGUCCUGCUCGCGCGAAGUCCCGAUCCCGAUUCUGGCGAUGGAGACAGCAUCAUGACGACGAAUCCUGCCGACGCGGCUAUGGCCGCCGCCGCCGAGGCCUUGGCCAACCCCGAGACAGCGAAAAAUGCUGUUGAUAUGCUCACGUCCGUGGCCGCGGGGAUGCAGGCGGAGCAGGAACAAGCACAGCGCGCGACAUGGCUGCAGUAUAUCGCUGCGGAUCCCCAGAACACGUUUUUGAACGGCUUGUACUUGAAGCCUGGGGAAGGGGUCACCUACGACUGCUUGGUGGCGAGGGGAGAGUACGGGCAGGAGCGGCCUCGGGUCGACGUCACAGGAACGGUCCUGGACCAUUUCACGGUCCACGUGCCGAACCUGAAGAACGAACCGAGGAUCAAAUUCUGGGCCCAGGAACUGGGGAGGUCCCUGCCGGACCCCAUCGAAGGCUCCUAUUUCGCAAUCGGCAUAAACUUGGAAGGGGAAGUCGUUGGCGCGCUUUGCAUUGACACCCUGGGCAAGAGACAAGGCGAUCUGGUCCUGUCCCAGGCGAGCUUGAUCAGGGAAGCGGCGCGGGUGCUGGCUCGACUGUUCACGGCCAACAGAGAGAAACGAGUGGCCAAAUUGCACACCAUGACCAGGAUCUUGACGGCCCUGAAGAACAUAGAGGAUGAUGAAGGCCAGUCCUUCGCGAUGGCGACGGAGAUGCUAGCGGAGUACGAUAGGCUGAGGAAACAAGUGGUGGAGAUCAUGAAGGAAGAAGACAUGAGCCGUCAAGCGGUGGAGAUGGCGGCCUACGCGCGGCCAUCGCCCAUCAUGAUAGUGCUGUGGGUGUGCUUCUUCCUGGUGGUCAGUGGGAAGAUCUUGUCUGGGCUGGACCUGGAAGGAUGCAGAUCGGAAAUCAGGGCUGUCAAGAAGGCCGACAAGCCGAUAGAGACGCCUUGCUUGCUUGACACGUGGCUACUUAUACGACCGUUCAUUGUAGGAAGGGGCAAUCUGGCGGCAAAGCUGGGAGUGCAUAUGCGAUCGCUCAACUUCAGGAGACGAGCUUGCAUAACUGCAGCUCUCAUGGUGGCCGCAGAGGAAGACAGUAAAGCAGGUAAACGAGGGUACGAAACAGUGCUGAAAUGGGUAGAAUCAUUUCUUAACGAAAUAACAGAGGAUGACGCUUUCAACGUGGCUAGAGUCACAGGGCUCCUCUAUACCUGGGUGAAGCUAAGCAGCGGCAUAUAUCACUUGAAGAAGAAGAUGAAGAAGAAAGCAAUUGAGGUUGCAGACAAGCAAAAGCACUACCAAGAGCAGUUGCAGUUGGAGCUCGCAGGAGCGACUUCAGAUGGGCUGACUGAUGGAGGAGAAAGCUCUGAAGAAGGGGGUGGUGGGGGUAGAACGACAGGCUCUGUUUCUGCUGCUAACCCAUCCUCCCGUCGAUAUACUCCCAAACGACUCUUAAGCCCCUCAUCUGAUUCCCCUACCCUUCCACUCGUCAAAACACAGUCGGCGGAAGAGGAUGAGGCUGCUACAGGUGCUGGAUCAGCUUCUCAAGUGGACGAUUCCAGUGCUGCAGCAGCAGAAGAAGGAGGAGAAGACGGAGAAGGAGAAGGAGAAGGAGGAGGAGGAGGAGGAGGAGGAGAACGAGGAGGAGGAGAAGGAGGAGGAGGAGGAGAAGGAGGAGGACGAGGAGGAAGAGGAGGAGGAGGAGUAGCAUCAUUCAUGGCAAAGAGGAGACAGUCGGUUCGCUUUCAAGGGCCGAAGCGAUCGUUCACUCCGCCACGUUCUGGGACCCCUACAGGCCAAGGGCCCCUGGUCCCCAAAUUGAACCGAAACUUCCUCGAAUCAGUGCAAAGAAAGCUGUCUACAGUUGCACUGCGGCCAUCAACGCCUCCAGUUUGAUUACACACCCCUGAAGAACACCAAUUCCCCACAACCCCUCAGAAAAGAGCAAUAGUUGAAAGCGU